AUGCACUCCCUUCUGCGCCAGUCCGGUAACCUGGCUAGGAUAUCAAAGUCGACUCUGCAGACAGCUGCCGCACGAGCUUCAUUCCGCCCAGCCAGCCAUGCGCAAUUACGCUCCUCGCGGAUCGCUAUUCGGCAAGCCCGAUCAUACUCGAAUCGGCCGACGCCAGAGAAAGACGAAGCGGCGAAGGGGGACAAGCCUGAGGUGACGGAUAAGAAAGCUGCUGAGCCCGCGUCGUCGAAGUCCGCCCCCGGAACGGAGAACCUGUACGAUGGAACCACUCCGCUCUCGCCGAAGGCCGGGAAGGGGGAGCCCGGCAAGCCUGGGCUGGCGGAGGGCAUGGCGCCUAUGAAUCCGGAGUACGAGAAGGAAAUCGAGGAGCUGCUGGGGAAAUUGAAGCAGGGCAUGUCGAAGAGCCAGGCGGAGAUCAUUGAGCGGGCGUUUGAGAACAUAAAGAAAGAGGGGAUACCUUGGGAACUAAGGAAUUUGAUGGACGAGGUUAAGGGGGGAAAGCCGAUGACGCUGGGCAAGGCGGCACGGUUGACGAAGAUGGCGGCUCAGAUGGCGAAGAAGCAGGCGGAUAGGGACACAAAGAGCACAGACUCCGAGUCUCGCGGACCGAAGGCCUCGUCAGACGGUUUUGGGGGGUUUGGAGGGUUUGGAAGCUUGCCUCCGGGUGGCAAGAAGAAGAAGACGGGGGGAGACAAGCAGGAGGGCGGCUUCAAGGUCGGCGAGAUGAAGAUUGACUUGAGUACUCUCCUGUUGGCGACCUUCACAUCUUACCUGCUCUAUCGAAUGGUCAUACCGGGCGAAAGCACACGGGAUAUCACCUACCAAGAAUUCCGGAGUACCUUCCUGGACAAGGGAUUGGUUGAGAAGUUGACGGUUACCAAUGGAGGCCGGGUACGAGUCGACUUGCAUCGCGAAGCUACGCAUGCUGCGUACCCCGACUCCCCUGCUUCCAACCCCAACUUCCACUACUAUUUCACGAUUGGGUCUGUCGAGUCUUUCGAGAGGCGGUUGGACGAGGCUCAGGACGAGCUUGGGAUCCCUCAUUCGGAGAGAAUACCGGUCAACUAUGCUUCAGAGGGCGACCCCUGGGGUUUGGUCAUGAGCUUUGGUCCUACGAUCCUUUUACUUGGAGCUAUCUUCUUCAUAUCUCAGAGGGCGAGCCGUGGAGCUGGAGGCGCUAAUGGCGUGUUUGGCAUGGGUAAGAGCCGAGCGAAACAAUUUAACCACGAGACCGAUGUCAAGGUUAAAUUUGCCGAUGUGGCUGGUAUGGACGAGGCAAAGGCGGAAAUCAUGGAGUUCGUCUCUUUCCUCAAGACUCCCGACCAGUUCCAACGUCUGGGUGCCAAGAUUCCUCGCGGUGCCAUUCUUUCGGGUCCUCCCGGAACCGGUAAGACACUUCUGGCAAAGGCGACGGCUGGCGAGUCUCAAGUACCCUUCUUCAGUGUUUCUGGUUCCGAGUUCGUGGAGAUGUUCGUCGGUGUCGGUGCUUCCAGAGUUCGUGAUCUCUUCGCGAUGGCGAGGAAGAAUACCCCUUGUAUCAUCUUCAUCGACGAAAUCGACGCUAUUGGAAAGGCGCGUGGAAAGGCCGGUUCGUUCGGUGGUGGGAACGACGAGCGGGAAGCUACCCUCAACCAGAUCUUGACAGAGAUGGAUGGUUUCAACACCGCUGAGCAGGUGGUUGUUCUUGCGGGUACCAACAGACCGGAUGUUCUCGACAAGGCUUUGAUGCGUCCUGGCCGUUUCGACAGACACAUUGCAAUCGAUAGACCUACGAUGGAUGGCCGACGACAGAUUUUCAUGGUUCACUUGAAGAAGGUCGUCACCAACGAGGAUCUGGAGUAUCUGACCGGUCGUCUUUCGGCCUUGACACCUGGCUUCUCCGGAGCUGAUAUCGCCAACUGUGUCAACGAAGCUGCUCUGAUCGCUGCUAGAACAAGCGCGAGGUCCAUUGAGAUGAUCCACUUCGAACAAGCCAUUGAGCGUGUCAUUGGUGGUCUUGAAAAGAAGUCUCUCGUUUUGUCACCCGAGGAGAAGAAGACUGUUGCGUACCACGAAGCCGGCCAUGCUAUCUGCGGAUGGUACUUCAAGUAUGCCGACCCUCUACUCAAGGUGUCCAUCAUCCCGCGUGGACAAGGAGCCCUUGGAUACGCCCAGUACCUCCCAGCUGGCGACACUUACCUCAUGAACGUCAAUCAACUGAUGGAUCGCAUGGCUAUGGCACUCGGUGGCCGUGUAUCCGAAGAGCUCCACUUCGAGGCCGUGACCUCCGGAGCCUCAGACGACUUCAACAAAGUCACCCGUAUGGCCACCGCAAUGGUCACCAAGUGGGGCAUGAGCAAGAAGCUUGGCCCCCUCCACUUCGAAGACAAUGAGCAAGCCCUACACAAGCCCUUUGCGGAAUCGACGGCCCAGACAAUUGACUCGGAAGUGCGGCGGAUAGUAGAUGAAGCAUACACGCAAUGUAGGGACCUACUCACCGAGAAGAAGUCUGAAGUCGGCAUCGUUGCCGAGGAGCUUCUGAAGAAGGAAGUCCUGGAUCGAAACGACAUGGUCAGACUGUUGGGCCACCGACCAUUCGAAGAGAACAAGGACUUUACCAAGUACUUUGGUGGCAGUCUAGGGGAGAAGAGCGCGCCGCCGCCAUUCCCGACCGAGAGCACGGACAGCCCUCCUGAGCUGCCGAACCCGGUGUGA